UCGAUACCCGCUUUCGCGACUUUUAGCCAGAGAUUCUCGUGUUCACUUUCAAUAUGGCUACUGAUCCAGACGGAGACUCCCAAAUGGCUUCUUCUCCCGAAUCGUCUCACAUGCACUCCGAAGAUUCCCCAGUCGGAUCGCGUACCCCCACGAACAUCCGUAGCGCUACCUCCCAGUUCCCAGGCACCUCGGAGCUCUCUCCGCCCGGAUCGCAGACACAAUCCGUAUCAGCUGAUGUUGGGGGGCUCGCCGGGCUGGGGAAUACUAAUGCUUCUGGAGGCUCCGCGGAGACGACAUCCGCUCAACAGCAGCAGCAACCGGGAGCAUCAUGGAUGAAUAAACGGGCGGAGGAGGAGUACCACCGGGCGAUGGAAUAUGUGGUUGACCAGGACUUUAACCUAGAUGAGUUCGGGGACCCAUUUGAUGAUAGGGAUAUGGAGGAGAAAUUAUUCUAGAGAUAUGGGUUACAGGAGAACAUGGUGUUUAGGGUGCUUUUUAUGUUCUUUGAUGCUUCUUUGCUUUGAAGAUUUGCUUGCGAAUCCUGGUUUGAGACAUGAAUGAUUUAUGAGAUAUGAUUGUCGAAUUUGUGGGGUUUUUUUUGAGGAUAUGCUUGGAAUGAGAUGGGCGAUCGAGUCUAAAGCAUUUUACUAUCCAUAUAUGUCUUCUAGAAUAGAAAAAAAGGGUGAGGUCCGAAAUUGUGGUCAGCCCAAGUUGGAGGUGGUGAUGGUCGUUCAAGGUGUAAGAAGACAAGGAUGAACACCCAACGGCGAUC